AUGGCCUUCACACAAGUGGUUGCUCCGAUUUGUCUUGUGACCGAUCUCCUCCAACAACUGCUCGACGCCGCGAGAGACACGCGCCUUGUUGUCUGUGGCACCAGAACCGAGUUUCUGGUGCAGUUGUCCGCCGCCAUUCGUUCUCAGUACGCAGGGCACAAUCCUGCUCCGCGGCAUGAUCUGCUCACUAAAACGAUUGGACUGCUCGCCAACUCGAGCAGGGUGCAACUGACAUUCUGCCCGUCUCUGGAGACCUUUCGAGCCUACCUGGCAGUCCUCGGUCCAGUUGACGACGUAAUCUGCGGCUCUGAACAGUGCAAGAUCAGACGGCCUUUACUUGCAACCUUGGACUUGGUAGCUUUACAUGCUACAACCACGGAAUUUGCUGCGCAGGGGCUAUCAAGGACCUUCGCUGCUCUUGUUGAAUCGGCCUCCAGAGCCAAGAUGGAUGUGAUACUCUAUGAAUGUACGAAUGCGGUGAACCCUACGAGUACCGACUGGGGCGCAGAAUUGUGGAAGAAGCAGGUUCCUCUGCUAAAUGGUUCAGUCCGGAUACGGGGUGAGGAUGGCGGCAACUGGGGCGGACGAGGUGUCUCCGUCAAACAGGUUGCUCAGCGCUGGUUCGAGUUUGAAGAAUGA